AUGUUGGCGCCAAGUCCAAAAGUUACCAAAGCCUGCCAGGCGAUGAAGCAAUAUGGCAUCCAUCACAUGACUGUGAAAACAGUAUUGAAGGAUCUUUUGAAUGUGUAUGACCACAAUUGGAAACUUAUUGAAGAUAAAAUUUAUGCAGCUCCUUUAGAUGCUAUUUUUGAGCAGAAGGACCGCAAUGUAAAAAGAGAGGCCACUAAAAAGCACGGCCCAAGGUUCACGUCAGCUCCUGCAAGAAUGCAUUGUAGGGAGGUGGCUCUAGUGUCUCAAACUAGUUGCAAACGGAAGGUGGCUGAGUCCAGCCAUGUAUUUCCUGGGGAUAAGAAAACUGAAACAAGGAUUGGUUCUCCCCUGAAAUAUUAUGAAAGCAAAAGAAAGAAAUCUUGUUCCCCAACUUGA